AUGCGUGUGAGGAUAUAUGCAAAUGCCAAUGCAGAUGUACGCUUUUCUUACAAGAAAGAAAGCAAGGAGGAAGAGGAAACAUGUGGUGUUGAUGUCUCCCACAGAAGAUGCAAUAAUCUCUUACCGUGGUCAAACAAUUUUGUUUUUGCCUCUGUUUGUACUUGGCUUUCAGUCUCCAUGAGUUCACAGCAUUUCAGCAAUGGGGGUGAAGGUUUCAAUGGAGAUAUGAGUUUUUUCCAUUCAGCUCAUGUCCCUUCUUCUCUUCUCCUGAGUUCCCAAGCUCCUCCUUUGUCUAAGACUCUAGCGGUUAUGGGUGAUGGUUGUGGGGUAGAGGGUCCAAAGCCUGAGAUGGGGCUUCAGAUUUUGAGCCCCUCAAUGUUCCAGCCCCAGGAGAGCAGGGGAACAAAGAGAAUCAACGAUGAAAGAGAUGGGUACUUUGGGGUUGAUAACAAGAACUUGUCUUUGAAACUUGGGGAUGAAGUUGAAGCUAAGAGUUCUGGUGCUGGAAAAAAUGGUUAUUCUAAGCUCUGUGCUAGAGGUCACUGGAGGCCAGCUGAAGAUGCAAAACUUAAGGAGCUUGUUGCUCAGUAUGGUCCUCAAAAUUGGAACUUGAUUGCAGAACAUCUAGAAGGAAGAUCAGGGAAAAGUUGCAGAUUGAGGUGGUUUAAUCAGCUGGAUCCUAGAAUCAACAAAAGGGCUUUUUCUGAUGAGGAAGAGGAGAGGCUUUUAGCUGCUCAUAAAAUGUAUGGUAACAAAUGGGCCAUGAUUGCUAGACUCUUUCCUGGGAGGACAGAUAAUGCAGUGAAGAAUCAUUGGCAUGUGAUCAUGGCUAGAAGGUACAGGGAACAAUCUAGUGUGUAUAGAAGGAGAAAGCCAGCUGUUGAAAAUGAAGCAACUGGUUUAAAAUUGACUCUGUCAAACAAUGCAGCCAGUGAAUCAACCAUCUCAAGCACCAUGGAUGAAUCUGCUUCAACUUGCACUAACCUCUCCCUUACUCCUUCUUCAGCCAAAAUAACACCUAGACUUUUUGAUAAACUGGGUCCAGUUUUGAAUCACCAAGUGCAUGGAUUGCUAAUGGGGGUGGCAACUGGGAAUGUGAGUUUUGACAAAUUGUUUGGUGCUUGGAAUGGAACAUAUAAGCUUGAAUCCAUGGGAAUGCUCAUUGGUGUGGACCAGUCCAAUUUCUCAGAUUCAAACUCAGAAGUUUCAGUGUCUGAGUCAGUUGCCACCAAUAGGUCCAAUCUCUCAAUUUUUGGUGAAAGUGAAAACGUGGGUGAUAAGAUUAACAUGCCAUUCAUUGAUUUUCUUGGGGUAGGAGCUACAUAG